CGAGAAAGUGAAUGCAAGUCUUUUGCAUUAAUAAACAAACUACUUACUUGUUAUAAAACUUUAUCCAAACUAAAACACUUAACUCCAAAACCAGAAAUCAAGUGGGUUUGCCUAGCUGCUUGUAUAAAUAGAAACAUAAUCGCAAUCUCUUCUUCCAUCAAACCUUGUUCAUUAGAUAUUUCUUUGUUGUUAUUUUAAGCAAAUAAAAGAGUUUUUUUAUAGUAAUUAAGGAAAUGGAGGAAACGAAGGAGAGAAAGAUUGUAGUAGCCGUGGACGAAAGCGAAGAGAGCAUGGAAGCACUUUCAUGGAGUCUUGACAAUCUUUUUGCAUAUUGUUCCAAUAACACCCUAAUCCUCCUUUACGUCAAGCCCCCUCUUCCUGUUUACUCUUCCAUUGACACCGCAGGGUUUAUAGUGACCGGAGAUCCGGUUGCAGCGCUGAAGAAAUAUGAACACGAGCUUGUGGAAUCGGUCAUGGCUCGAUCUCGAACCGUCUAUCAAGAUUUUGAGUUCGAUAUUAAUAUAGAGAGAAGAGUUGGAAGAGGAGAUGCUAAGGAAGUCAUAUGUAACGCAGUUCAGAAACUUAAGGCUGAUAUGUUAGUUAUUGGCACACAUGACUAUGGCUUCUUUAAAAGGGCUUUGCUAGGCAGUGUGAGCGAGUAUUGCGCCAAAAGAGUGAAAUGUCCUGUGAUUAUCGUGAAGAAGAAUCCUCAAUACAAUUGAACGCAAAAGUCUUACUUCUUAUGAUUGUGUGUAUGUUUCAAAGCAAUUAAUGUAACAGUUAAAUCAAUCUUCGAUAUAUAUAUUGAUGACCAGUUUAAAUUCUAAAUAAAAUUGGCGGAUUAUGAUAAUAAA